CAAUCACAAAGACUUUAGUUCAAUAAUUGUGUUUGUUAAAGACUAAAAGAAAGGUGACAGCGAAACCUAAACAAUACAAAAAUGAAGUUCCUCGUAUUUGGCUGCCUAUUCCUGUUCAUGGCCAUUAUACUGGACGUGAUAGGUUUGGCUACGUCAUAUUGGUUCUCUGCUGACAAAAAUGGCGUAAAAUUUUAUGGAGGUCUCUGGAAAAGCUGUCUUGAUAUACCAGCCUCACAAGUACACGAAUGCAAAAAGUACGACGAUGUUCCAGAUUGGCUGAAAGCAGUACGAGGAUUUGGUCUCAUUGGGGUACUCAUCUCAGCCAUUGCUCUUAUUUCUGCCUCAUUGAAGAUUUGUUUGAAGAACAGAAUCUCCUUGUUGAUCAUCGCAAUAAUCUUGUCUUUCAUGAGCGCAUUAUGCACUGUUGUGUCUAUAUCAGUUUUUGCCAGGAAAUAUCCUAACUUGGUAGGUGAAGGCAUACGAAAAGAUUUCAACUUCAACUUCAACUUUUCCUUUGUUUUCUGUGCACUUUCCAUCGUUCUAUCGGCUUUUGCUGGGAUAAGUAUGAUUUUUCAAAUAGCAAAAAGGUCGUCUUACAGGACCAUUGACUGAGAAAAAAAAUACUACUUAAAGAAUG